UUUUUUGCUCUCUCUCUCUCUCUCUCUCUCCCUUUAUCUUCUCAUCCUUCUCUUUCACUCUCUCUUCCUAAUCUUUGUCUCUUUAGCUAAUUCAUGUUCUUGAUUUCUUUGUUGUGCUUGAGUAAUUUGUAAAGUUUGUGUAGAGAGUUUAAAGAUGUUCACGGAGGUUUAGAUGAAAAUGCAAUCAACUGCAUCAAGAAGGGGACGGAUACGGAUCAAGAACCUUGCAUCAGAUCUCCCUUUAACGAGAAUCUACCUCUUGAUACAUCUCUGAAAUCUCCUUUUUCCUAUAAUACUCCCAUUGCUUUCAUGUCUCCUCAUGGGUUGCCACCAUUGAGAUUCCACUCUGCCUUAUUAGCUCCUCAUAGCCUUGCGACUUCUUGCCUCGAUGAUGAAAACAAGAGAGUGUCGAUUCGGUUUCUGAUGGUGCCGGUGGAGUUUCUCUGUGGAUGAAGAAGAGGAGGAGGUUUUAGGACUUGUACAGGAAUAUGAUGAAGAGGAGGUUCUUGGUAACAAGUAUAGCUCAAAGUUAAAUAAAGGGUUCUUGAAGGAAAAGAAUUUGAGGAUUGAGAUCCCUGGCAGUAACAAAUGGCGAGUUGGGGAUGAUGAAAUUUCUCAUCAAGAAUUCGUUCCCAGGUGUUAGUGCUCGACUUGGAGGAGUUCAAUUAUCCGAUGCCCAAGUAAGAAUUUUGGUAUCUUUGUACACUUUAUAAGGCAAAAGAUACAUGUUUUUUAUAGACGUUAAAAUUUGACUCAUGAACUACUGCUGUUGGUGAUCAAUAGUGUAAAAUUAUUAUAUACAUGUAUAUAUAUAUAUUAUAUUAUUAUUUGGUGUCCAAUUUAUUAUUUAGUCUGUAACACAUUCUUUUCCUGACAAAGAAGAUCUUUAACACCAUGACCUUAUAGCAUGAAUAGUAAAGAUGGGCAUUUCCCUUAUCUUAACCUUGUUAUCUAAUCAAUCCUUGAAGAAAGAUUUGUGCUAAAAGUGUUGGUUUGUAUGACAAGUUGACAUUGGUGGUAAUUUUAUUGGGAUCUUGAAUUCUUGGCUUACUUAAAAGUAGAAGUCAUUUCCUGAUCUCAUAAGAUCAGGAAAUUUAUUAUAAUAUGAUUAUAAUAGAAAAUAUUUAGAUUAGGGAUCUAAAAGUGUUGCAUGUUCAAUUUAUUAUUUAGUUUGUAAUACAUUCCUUCUCUGACAAAUAAGAACUUGAACACCCUGAUCUUAUGGCAUGAAUUGUAAAGAUGGGCAUUUCCUUUAUCUUAACCUUGUUAUCCAAUCAAUCCUUGAAAAGGAUUGUGCUUAAAGUGUUGGUUUUUAUGACAAGUUGGCAUUGGUGGAAUUUUAUAGAGAUCUUGAAUUCUUGGCUUACUUAAAGGUAGAAGAUCUUGGUGUUGAAUUGAAAUUGAUGUUCCCUAUAGAACUAUAUCAAUCCUUUAAAAGCUUUAUUUUUAAGAUGAUUCAUUGUGCUGGAAAUUAAUGAGUCGGACAGGUUACUCCUGUUGACUCUAAAAGCAUUCAUGCUGAGUUAGAACAUAUGGGUACACCAAGUGCACCACCUAUAAUUGAGACUGAAAGAGAAGUGAAGAGCUUUGCAGAAGAAGAGCAACAUGAAGUAAGAAUUUCCAAGGAGAGGGAAUCAGAAUUUGAUGGUAGGAAAGAAUGUUCAGCAGAUGAUAGCAAGAUGCAAGCUUUAAAAGACACUGUACAAAAAAUACCACAAUUGGAGGAGUGCAAAUCCCUUAUUGGCAAAGCAGCCUGGAUCAUUCACCUUGCUAUAAUACAAGGCUGCACUGAGGCAACUGAGUUUCUGCGUGAUGAAUGCCUUCUUCUGCGAAGUGCCUUUGGAUUACAAAAAUUUUUGUUCCAACCUCGAGGCGUGCAAAUGACAGAAUUGAGGGCCAGUAAGCAUUCAGAACAAAUGUGCGCAGUGACAGGAAAGAAAGUGGUUGGAAAAAUAAGAGUGAAAGUGAGGAAAGUUCGAAUAAUACCCAGGUGGAAACUUAAGAGCACUCAUUCAUUACAAGGUGCAAUGAACAUGGAAGAAUGAGCAGAAUAUGUUCAAUAUGUUUCUUCACUAGUGAAAACUGAGAUGAAUUCUCUUAAACUAGCCUCCUUGUCUGUGAAGACAGUAGAUUCAGAAGAGAUGGAUUAAAACAUGAUACAUUGGGAGAUAAAAGAUUACGAGCAAAUAUCUUAUUAAUACUAUUGAGAUUUGAUAUUGUUAUGACUUAGAAGAGUGAAUCUUAAGAUUUUGAGAUCAUAAGAAUCAUGCAUAUGUUUUGGAAGAGCUAAACUGUUAUGUUGAUUUGAGAACAAGCUCU